UUUCAUCCAUCGCUCAACCCGCUGUACACAACUCGGCCAUACCCAACAUUGACAACUCAGAGUCUCCGCCAUCGUCCCCCCAAUUCAAUGAUGGGAUGAUGCCGUCGCUGUUGGAUGUUAGGAGUGUCAUUGCGCAGACAGCUGGGCCCGCGCCCCCAACCACGACGACCAUAUCGCGCGACGAUGCGGUAGAGGCUGCUCAGGCUGCAAGCACCGCGAAGCCGACAUCUGCGCCGAAAGCCGGCUCGGGCGGGCAAGCUCGUGCGUCUCGGGUGACGGCGAAGUCCGUUGGCGUGAAGACCGCAUACGAUCUGUGGUGCGACGCCACUUCGUGGACAGGCAACAAGAAAUCCCGGCAAGCUCAUUGGAGGAACAAUGUGCCCAAAGACGUCAAACAGAAAUACCUGGACUUGGAGAAAGCUGCGAUUUAG